AUGGCCAUGGUGAUUACGCAAGCGUGUGCUGAAGAAAGGAACUAUCAGAGCAAAGGCACUGAAGCAGCAGAUUACAGCGCUAGCAAUUCCUCUUUCGAGGCACGUGAAAACUACAUUUCCCGGCAGUCCUCGGGCUUUUUCUGGCGCAACGCGCUGGCGCUCUGCUUUCCGGCUGCUUUUACGUUAGGUCCAAACGAAGGCGCUUACGGCUGGGCCGAGAUCCGGAAUAUGGGGUCUUCUUUUACCCGGCCACUUGAGUAUUCAGAUCCCUUCAAGCUCCCUGUCCCUCGUGAAGGCGCACACCCCGCCAGCCCCGCGGCCCCAGAUGCUUCGGAAGCGCCGUCCUCUCCGGCGCAAACCCCGUUAUUUAAAAACUGCUGGAGCUGUCGCCUGCUGUCCGGGACGGGGCUGCUAGGGGCGGGCGCUUACGUGUACUUAGUGGCGCGGAGGCCCAUGAAGCUGGGAUACGCCCCGGGCCCGUGGGCUAUUGCAAAAAUGACCAUCGGCAUCAGCAUUGCCUGUUGGGGUAUAGUUAUCCUCACAGACCCCAAAGGGAAGGGCUACCGUGUUGCUUGAAGUAUUACCAGUGAGUUCCUGACCUGUCCCUGGCCCACUGACAAGCAUGAAGUUUAUGAAUGUUCUGGGCAGACACAGAUAUGGAUAAACUUCACUAUUUUGGAUGCUGCAAGACUGAAAGGACAUUAAAAACAUUGAUUGUCAUUCUUUGCCUG